AUGCGCGCUGUGCCAUUGCCACGGUUCCUGAGCUCAGUCGAGCUCGCUUACCUGAACGUGGUUAAUCACUUGCUUGCCUUCCCUAUCAUCCCUGUCAUGGUGGCCGUCCUCUUGCAAGUGCUCGAGCUCGGCCCAGAUGAGCUCAUCGCCCACUGGAGCUCCCUCGGUAUCGAUACCAUCCACGCUUUGUGCACGAUCUUUACUGUCGUCGUCGUCGCGACAGCCUACUUCAUGUCGCGACCGCGCCCUGUUUAUCUCGUCGACCAUGCUUGCUUUCGGCCCCCGCGGACCUUCCGCGUCCCGUUCGCCACCUUCUUCGAGCACGCUAGCCUCGUGCCUUUCUUCGACGAGAAGAGCGUCCGCUUCCAGGUGCGCAUCCUGGAGAGCUCCGGCCUCGGCGAGGAAACCUGUCUCCCGCUCGCCAACCGCUACAUUCCGCCGUGCCCUUCCAUGGAGGCCGCCUGCGCCGAGGCCCGGCUUGUCAUCUUCUCCGCUAUUGAUGAGCUCAUCGCCAAGACGGACCUUAAGCCCAGGGACGUCGACAUCCUCGUCGUCAACUGCAGCCUCUUCUCCCCGACGCCGUCGUUGUCCGCGAUGAUCGUCAACAAGUACAAGAUGCGUAGCAACAUCAUGAGCUUCAACCUCUCCGGCAUGGGGUGCAGCGCGGGGCUGAUCUCCAUCGACCUCGCUCGCAGCCUGCUCCAGGCGCACCCCAACUCGUACGCGCUCGUCGUCUCCACAGAGAUCAUCACCCCGAAUUUCUACGCCGGGAACGAGCGAUCGAUGCUCCUGCCGAACUGCCUCUUUCGCAUGGGAGCCGCGGCGGUGCUCCUCUCCAACAGCCGCCGGGAGGAAGACCGCGCCAAGUACCGUCUCCUCCACGUGGUGCGUACCCACGAGGGCGCGGACGACCGUGCGUACCGCUGCGUCUACGAGGAGGAGGACGGCGAAGGCAACUCUGGGAUCAAUCUCUCCAAGGAGAUGAUGACCGUCGCGGGCGAGGCGCUCCGGGCCAACAUCACUGCGGUGGGCCCGCUGGUGCUGCCGGUCACGGAGCAGCUCCGCUUCCUGGCGAGCCUGGUGGCCCGGCGGCUGCUGGGCGCACGGGGUGGGAAGCCUUACAUCCCGGACUUCAAGCGGGCGUUCGACCACCUCUGCAUCCACGCCGGGGGACGAGCGGUGAUCGACGAGCUGCAGCGGAGCCUGGGGCUCCCAGCAGCCCUCGUGGAGGCGUCGCGCAUGACGCUGCACCGCUUCGGCAACACGUCGAGCAGCUCGCUGUGGUACGAGCUGGCCUACAUCGAGGCCAAGAGCCGGAUGCGCCGGGGCGACCGCGUGUGGAUGAUCGGGUUCGGGAGCGGCUUCAAGUGUAACAGCGCGGUGUGGCGGUGCCUGCGCGCCCCCAAGGCGCCCGUGGACGGGCCGUGGUCCGACUGCAUCCACCGCUAUCCGGUGCACGUCCCCGAGAUGGUCAAGCUGCUAUAAGCCUAUAACUCCAUUGCAUUCAUCUACCCACGUCUC